AUGACACAUGUACCAGAAAAACAGAUAAUACGGCAUGCGAAGGAAAUUUCUUAUUAGUUGUUACGUACAUGUCGUGCGAGACGUACAUACUACUGGUGCUUGAAAUUUACAAAUUUUAAUAGUUGACCCACCAUGGUGGGCUACCUCCAAAUAUUGGCCGCCAUUGUGGCAGGACUGAUCGCAAUUUAUUACUAUUUUCAUUCGAAAAAUAAUUUCUGGAAAAAAUACGGUAUACCCGGACCACAACCACAGCUUUUUUUCGGCAAUUUCAAAUCAUCUAUAACUAGACAGAAGUCUACAUCUGACGCUAUUCAGGAACUGUAUGAAAAAAACAAACACCAGCCAAUUAUCGGUGCAUACAUAGGCACUCAACCACUUGUGAUAGUUCACGAUCUUGAUUUGGUCAAGGACGUUCUUAUUAGUGAUUUCUCCCAUUUUGCGAGUCGAGGAAUACCCAUGUACCCUAAGGUAGAAGAUCUCUCGGAACAUCUCUUUAAUCUAGAACCCGAAACAUGGCGACCACUAAGAGCGAAACUCUCGCCGGUGUUCACGUCUGGCAAGCUCAAAGAGAUGUUCCCUCUUUUGUUGCAAUGCGGUGAACAUUUGGAACAAUAUUUAAAGAAAAUAGUGAAAAAAGAUGAAACCAUGGAGUGCCGUGAGAUAGCGGCGAAAUACACCACCGAUGUAAUCGGCAGCUGUGCCUUUGGAAUCGACAUGAACGCCCUUUCGGAGGGGGACAGCGAAUUCCGCCGCAUGGGUAGAAAGAUUUUCGCCCCGUCAACGCAACAGAUGGUGCGAGAUAUUUCCAGGCAAUUUUUACCGACCUUCUACCAAAUAUUUGGUCACUUGAUGCAACCAAAGGAUGUCACUGAUUUCUUCACGCGGGUUGUCAUGGACACAAUGAAAUACAGGGAUGAGAAUAACAUAGUUAGACCAGAUUUCAUCAAUAUGCUAUUGGAACUGAAGAAGAACCCAUCUAAUUUGGAGAAUAUUGAGUUAACGGACUCAUUGUUGACGGCACAGGCUUUUGUCUUUUUCUUGGCUGGUUUUGAAACUUCCUCAUCAACGAUGGGACAUGCGCUUUACGAGCUAGCGUUGAACCCUGAUAUACAGGAUAAACUGCGAGCAGAAAUUCGACAAAAGUUAGAGGAAAAUAAAAAAAAUGGAGAAGGACUGACGUACGACCAAGUGAAAAAUAUGAAGUACUUGGAUGCAAUAUUCCGCGAAACAUUAAGAAAAUACCCGAUACUGCCAAUAUUGAUGCGAAAAGUGGACACAGAUUACACUUUCAAAGGCACAAAAUAUACAAUUCCUAAAAAUGUACCAGUAUGGGUACCAGUGAUAGGAAUCCAUCGCGACCCUGAUAUUUAUCCAAAACCUGACGUGUUUGAUCCUGAACGGUUUACCGAUAACGCGAUGUCAACCAGACAUCCUAUGAGUUUCUUAGCUUUUGGAGAUGGACCUAGAAAUUGCAUUGGAGCCCGUUUCGCGUAUUACCAAAGCAAAGUUGGACUUAUUUCGAUUCUUCGCCAUUACAAAGUCAGCGUAUGUAAGAAAACGACAGUUCCCUACAAGUCUGACAGCAAAGCGUUCCUAUUGACACUUAAGGGAGGAGUGAUGUUGAAAAUGUCGUAUAUCGAAUAACUUUUUUUUGUUUUAUUUUAUUUUAAUGGAAUACGAAUUAAUCUUUUAUUCGAGUAUAUGAUGAUCCUACGAGAAAAAGAUCAAUCUUAAUUUGUGUGGAACAGAAAAUGCUGUUUACAUAAAUAUUAAAGAAAACGAUGGUAGUGAGGAUUAAUCCUUCGUGUUUACAGGAUAUAAAUAAUUCAACUAUACUUAUGUUUUGAUUCAAUAUCUUGCGUAAAUGGUAUGGUUUUGAUACGAUAAUUUAAACAAUUUUGAAAAAAAUGAAUUUUAAACUUUCGAUGUAUAAAGAAGUUGAUAUUAAUCCAGUCUCACUAAGGAUAUCCACCACUAAUUCUGACCGUUUUAACUAUAUCAAGCGAUGCACGACAACUGUGUAGUUCCAUGAUCUUUUUGGGAUUGUGAUGGGAGUCAUCGAAUUAUUUUUAUUAAACAAUUGAGAUACUUUAUAGGUGAUAUUUAUAUGUCUAGUAUGUAUUUACUUUUACACACGAUUUAAAAUGUUUGUGAUCAUAUUUCUUACAUUAGUUAGUAUAAAAAAACAUUUGUCCUUUCAAUAAAACUUUUAUACAUGAACAACAUAAUCUAUUCUAAUAUAAACUCUGCAUCGUGUUAUUCAUAGAAACAACACAAAAUCUUCAGAUUAAAUUAUAACAAUUUUUUUACAGUUACAUAUGUUUUAUAGAUUUAAAAGACUUAAGGGCUAACUUUGUAUUCACAAAUAAUGUUUCUCAUAUUUUCAAAUCGAUAAAACAUUCUUAAAAUUAUAAGUUGGAGAAGACAUUAUGAAUGACGCAAUAAUGUACAAAGCAGCAUGGUGUUGUCCUCAAAACAAUGAAUCAACACAACUAGUAACUGUUGAACAAUAUAAAUAUGAAAUGAAGGGCCAAUUUCAUAAAAAUUAUUAAACAUAAUAUUUAUAUAUUUAACAAACUCGUAUAACACGUAACUUGUAUUAAACAAGUAGUUACAUUAUAUGUUACAUAUGUCUAUGCAAAAAUCAGUUGAUAAACGAAUAAACGAAUUAGUGGAAUAAAUUGUCAAAUAAAUGAAUAAUCUCGUCUUCAUCUGGUUAAUAGGUUAAAAACAAAAUAGUGUAAUGUAAGUUAACAUUAUAUGAACAAAUGUGAUAUGUAUAUACCACGUAUGAAUAUUUGUGUAUUAUUUUACAAAUACAGAAUUUUUCAUAUUCUACGAUUUAUUACCAUUAAAAAAAAUUAAAGAAAUAUUUAAUAAUUUAAUUUUGAAAUAUGUAUAUAGUAAUAAAUGCUGUACAUUGACCGUCAUCGUUUGAUGUUUAAAUAAACAUCGCGUUCUAUGAAAUUGGCUCUUGCCUUUGUCGCGAAGUUUAAUGUAAAUAAAUAACAUGCAUAUAGGUAUUUUCCCUACUAUGAAUUAUCAAUAAAUGGACGUUCUAAUAAACGCCAUAUGUUGUGCAAAAAAUAUCUUUGUCACCUAGUAUUGACGCACUUGAUGGCACGAUUACUCGAAGAAAAAUUAUAAAUUAAUCUUAAGGAAGGAUUCUCAUGUAACAAGUUUAAAAAAUCAAUCUUUUUCUUUUUACAUGAAUGAGGUUAAUGUAAUUACAUUAACAACAUAAAAUUACUUUAAAAAUAAUGAAUAUUAAUUUUGUUUAUGAUUUCAGUACAUUAUCUAGGUUUUGAGAAUUUCUUGUUUUAUUUUUCACUUUACCAUGACGGUAGUUUCCAACAAAAUUUUGUUUUAUAACUUAAGAUAGUAUAUAGUUUGAAACAUCUUUAUAAUUUUACUUUCAAAUAACGAAAAUACUUCAUAAUUUGGAAAUUUAACAUCCCAAAACAGUGUGUUUUUACUCUUGUUACACAAAGAUUCUCCUUUCAUACAUCUCACUGAUAUUUCCUAAGCAAUUUUGCAUGACCGUUUAAAAUACAAUAAACUUUUGUUCAUCCUAUGCUACGAACGUUACGUUUGUCCAAAUAAAAAUCUUCUUUUAAGGUACAUUUUCAACUGAAUCAUUCUUUUGCCACGGUAUUUACAAGUUACACUUCCUUUGUAAUAUACAAUAUAUUUUUGAUGUUUCGAAGGCAUUUAAACCAAAUUUCACCAAGAGUUUCAAUAAUAUUAACGUGUCUAUUUAAUGAUAAAUGUUUUUAAAUUAUAAACACUCAACUGUCUUAAUAACUCUCGAAUGAUAAGAUUAUGUCUCCCAAUUAAAAUAAUGUCCGAGAAACAUUGGACGAACGAAAGUUUACCCCGUCACUAUGUACGAUCACGUUAAACAUAACAAAAUUUCGUUAACUCUGUUAAAGCUAAGACAUUUACGUUUAAACAUGUUACAAAUAUCGUAACAUUUUCUGAACUCGAAUUUCCCCGAAA